UAUAUUGUCGCAAACCCGUGUGUCGCGAAGCAAGCCGCCCGUGUGAAGAUGGCGGCUGAGCUGCACCCGUGUAGCGGAAAGCUAAUCGGACUGUCGAAUUCGAACCGAACCGCUCAGCGGAACCAACCAGUCCAGGAGUUUAACCACGGGUUGGUUCUAAGCAGAGAGCCGCUGAAAGACCGUGAUGUAUUCACCGUCCGUAUUGACAAGAAGGUGAACUCUUGGAGCGGCUCCAUAGAGAUCGGGGUGACUUCUCUGGACCCGGCUGGUCUCGACUUCCCCAGCAGCGCUACGGGUCUGAAGGGAGGCUCCUGGAUCGUGUCUGGCUGCUCGGUGCUACGUGACGGUCGCUCCGUCCUUGAGGAGUACGGCCGAGACCUGGACCAGCUGUCUGAGGGCGACCGUGUGGGCAUACAGCGGAGCACCCAUGGCGAGCUCCACCUGUGGGUGAACGGGCAGGACUGUGGCGCGGCUGCCAGUGGUCUCCCGACGGGCCUCUGGGCGGUGGUGGACCUCUAUGGCAAGUGUACGCAAGUGACUGUGGUGAGCUGCGAGCCGCCGUCCUUGGCGGAGAGAGACACUGAGAGGGAGACGGUGGAGGAGCGUGAGCAGGAAGACGAGGAGGAAGAGGUGGUGGUGUGCGGGGUCAGGGAGGGGGAGUUCGGGGGUCUGACGUCAGCGGUGAACCUGGCGGCGGUGACAAACGGGACAUUAGAGGAAGUGCCUGAGCUCCCUCCUACUCAUAACCGACCUGACAAGUUUCCCAACAACCUUGAGCCUGAGACAGGUAAGAAAAUCAAAACCUCUACCCCAAUCUCAGUUGCACCAUUGACCAAAUGUAAGUCUCCAUCUUUCUCUCCCUCCCCUAUAGUUCUGACGGAGCACCAGCUCUUUGACGUGUUAAACAAUGCCAUUGUAUCCCUUUACCGCUCUGAGGACAAUGGAGGGGGAGAUCUGGGAGGAGGUGGAAUAGGGAGAGACUCAGGAACAGGAAGUAGAGGGGACAGGGGGAGCAGCAGCGGUGGGGGAUCCGUUAACGGUAACAGUAGUGACAGCGGGGGCGGGACCGGCAAUACUGGAAGCAUCAACAGCCCUGCAGGUGGCGGAGGGGCGAGACUCGGGGCAGUGACGGGCGGGAUGCUGACCAAUGAUGCGCUGCUGUUCCACGAGAAGUGCGGCACACUGAUCAAGCUGAGCAACAACAACAAGACGGCGGAGAGGCGGCGGCCUCUGGACGAGUUCAACAACGGCGUGGUCAUGACCAACCGGCCGCUUCGACACAACGAGAUGUUUGAGAUCCGCAUAGAUAAGCUGGUGGACAAGUGGUCGGGGUCGAUCGAGAUCGGCGUGACAACACACAACCCCAACAACUUGGACUACCCAGCCACAAUGACAAAUCUGCGCUCAGGUACAAUCAUGAUGAGUGGCUGUGGGAUCCUGACGAAUGGCAAGGGAACACGUCGGGAGUACUGUGAAUUCAGCCUGGAUGAACUGCAGGAGGGGGAUCACAUAGGCUUGAUGCACAAGGCCAGCGGAGCUCUUCACUUCUACAUCAAUGGCAUCGACCAAGGCGUGGCAGCGGCCCAGACGCCCGCCGUAGUCUACGCCGUGGUCGACCUCUACGGCAUGGCUGUCAAGGUGACCAUCGUCCACAAUCACAACCACAGCGACCGCCUCCGCCGCAACAACGCCAUCAUGCGGGCGCUGUCGCCAGACGUUGGGCGCCCCCGGCCUGCCCACUCCCUCACGCCGGACCCCGACACUCCCGACCGCCUCCUCUUUCACUCCAACUGUGGCCAAAAGGCAGCCAUCAUCAGCGAGGGCAGGACGGCUCUUCGCCCUCAUGCUACGGACGACUUCAAUCACGGCGUGGUCUUGAGCGGCCGCCCGCUGCACUCCAACGAGGUGUUCCAGGUGCGCAUCGACAAGAUGGUGGACAAGUGGGCGGGCUCCAUCGAGAUCGGCGUGACCACGCACAACCCCGCCUACCUGCAGCUGCCCUCCACCAUGACCAACCUGCGCUCAGGUAAUACCAACCAAUCAGGGACUUGGAUGAUGACAGGAAACGGGGUGAUGCACAACGGAACCACCAUACUGGACGAGUACGGACACAACCUGGACCGACUCAAAGCGGGGGACACAGUGGGCGUGGUGCGGAAGGAGGACGGGAGCCUCCACUUCUUUGUGAACGGGGUGGCACAGGGCCCGGCGGCGUGGAACGUCCCACCCAGCGUCUACGCCGUGGUGGACCUCUAUGGCCAGGCCGCACAGGCAACCAUCAUGGACGACGUGGCAGACCUCCCCCCUCUCCCCGAGGACAGCUCGGAGGGCCCCACCGUCAUGUCGCCCGGCAGCCCAUGCUCGGUCGCCGGGGGCAACAGUGCCAACGACCUGCGCUUCCACCAGCUGCACGGCACUAACGCGGUAAUCACCAAUGGGGGGCGCACUGCCCUCAGACAGAACUGUCGAUCCGAGUUCAACGACGCCAUCGUCAUCUCUAACAGGUGCCUUCGAGACGGAGAGCUCUUUGAGAUAGUCAUUCAGAAGAUGGUGGACCGGUGGUCGGGGUCAAUAGAAGCAGGUAAGAUAAUGGCAGGUGUGACUGCUAUCAGGCCAGAAGAGCUGGAGUUUCCCAACACCAUGACGGAUAUAGACUACGAUACCUGGAUGCUUAGUGGCACGGCCAUCAUGCAGGACGGCAACACCAUGCGUAACAACUAUGGCUGUGACCUGGACACUCUGACCACGGGCAGUAGGAUCGGCAUGAUGCGCUCGGCCACCGGCGACCUUCACUACUACAUCAACGGUGUGGACCAGGGGGUGGCCUGCACCGGGCUGCCGCCAGGUAAAGAGGUGUAUGCGGUGAUAGACCUGUAUGGUCAGUGUGUCCAGGUGUCCAUCACCAGUUCCUCUGGCCCUCAGGAUAACAGUCUGUGUACCAGCAACAUCACAGAGAAGAGUUUCCCCAUACACUCCCCAGUGGCAGGCGUGGCCCACCGGCUCCACAGUAAGCAUGGUAAGAACGUGGUUCUACUGGGAGAGGGCUGCCAGGCCGUCAGGGUGGGAGGAUACGCACACGGCAUCGUCUUCAGCGCCAAGGAACUCAAAACAGACGAACUGUUUGAGGUGAAGAUAGACGAGGUGGAUGACCAGUGGUCUGGUUCCCUCCACAUGGGUCUGACCACCCUAGCCCCUCCAGAGCUGCCCUCCUGCCCCAUGUCAGGCCUGUCCCCCUCCCUCACACAGCUCCGGUCCAAGGUCACCUGGCUGGUAGCCGGGUCAGAGGUCAGACGCAACGGGCUCCUGCAGAGACAGAACUACGGCGCCUCCCUGGACAGACUGACGGUGGGUAACCGCGUCGGGGUGAAGAGAUGCAGCGAUGACACCAUGCACGUCCUUAUCGACGGAGAGGACAUGGGACCAGCUGCCACCGCUGUGGCCAAGAACGUGUAUGCAGUGUUGGACCUGUAUGGUCGUGUGACAGCGGUGUCCAUCGUCAGUUCGUCGGUGCUGGAGGACGCAGGGAGCGUCAAGGCCCCCUCCCUCUCCUCAGACAGCUGUAGCGAAGGAGAGGAGGACCGUACGCCGGUUGAGGGUGGUGAGCUGGCCCUGGUGCCCAACACAGUCAUGGCCUUCCUGGAGAACCAUGGGAAGAACAUCCAGCUGUCCCAUGAGAACCUGACGGCGGCCCGCGUCUCCAGCUACAACCAGGGCCUCCUAGUCACAGCACAACCCCUGCCCCGACAACAACUGUUCCAGUUUCAGAUCGACCGCCUGAACGCAUCGUGGACGUCGUCCCUGUCGCUAGGGGUGAUCGGCCACUCCCCAGACCGCCUCAACUUUCCCUCCACUGCGUGCUGUCUGAAACGCUCUGUGUGGCUGCUGCAGAGAGACUCUGUCUUCCACAACUCACUGAAGAUCUGUGAGAACUAUGGUCCUAACCUGGACACAUGUCCAGAGGGUACAGUCCUGGGUCUGCUGGUGGAUGGGAACAGCUGUCUGCACCUUUAUGUGAACGGUAUGGACCAGGGAGUAGCAGCCCAGGAUAUCCCUACGCCAUGCUACCCCCUCAUAGACCUAUACGGACAGUGUGAACAGGUUACCAUAGUGACCAACAACGUGGCGACCGUGGGAGGCGAGAGCGUCAAGGCGCGUUGCCAGGGCGACAUGGAGAAAGCGGACAUGGUUGAUGGGAUCAAAGAGAGUGUUUGCUGGAUGCCCCAUGCAGAGGUCAACCCCAACAAGACCUGUGAGUACCAGGCCCUGUGCUCGCGCUUCAAGGACCUGCUGACACUGCCAGAUGGUUACUUCAACGAGGAUGCCAAGUAUAACCUGUGUUACUGUGAGUCGUGCCACAAGCUGCGGGGGGACGAGUCCUACUACAAGAGAGGGGAGCCCCCACGGGACUACGCCCUGCCCUUUGGCUGGUGCCGCUUCGCUCUGAGGAUCAAGCCCCACUGUGAUGUGUCCAAUUCGUUUAAGCAGUGGCACAUAGCCUACCACGGCACCAGCGUAGGGGCCCUCAGACGCACACUGGACCAUGCCCAGCUACUCUCUGGGACGUCGUCCAUCUUCUCUGUGUCUCCGGUGAAGACGGAGGGUCCUAACGGCUACAGUGAGCCAGAGGAGAACAGCAGCAACAGCCUCCCUGACAGGGACAGGGAAACGGACAGGGAGGUGCCCCGGGUUCAGCUGUCCCCCACCAUGCGCUACUCCGGCCUGGAGAUGUUCGCCCCCAAAGUGCAAUUCCGGGACCCCCGUUCUCACUGCUGUCACCAGGCCCAGGUGGGUUUCCAGGUGUGUGUCCGGCCGGGCUCCUAUAAGGUGGGUCCCCAGACCCUGGGAGCCAUCGAACCCCUGGAUCCCCGCUUCAGCAACACAGAGAUCGAGUGGAUCACCAAGGAUCAGGGGGGCACCCUCCUCUACGGCCUGCUCAUACGGGUGGAAUGAUAGCAGGAGUAGUGAAGAGAUUGUUGGAUGGAGAGAGAGGGGGGGAAAGGGAGCUACUCUCUCCCAGCAGUGCCUCAAACUACUGCUUCUCCAUCAACCAAAUUACAGACUUUGGGAGUCUUUGGAAUUAGGGAAUUUCCCUCCUGUUGCUGGGCGGUUUGUUGAUUGACAAUUCAGUUUUGUUUGUUUAGGACUUGUUUUUUUUUCUGACACUUAACAGGGAGGGACUAGGGUGGAUUCAGAGAAGAACAACCAGACAGACACUGCCUGCACUUUGUUUUGGACACUUCGUGGGCGAUUUUUAUUUUUAAAAUUUUAACAUGUAUUUUACAUUUUUUUUAUUCGUCAUAAUACAACACUUGUUUUUUGUCACAGACAUUUUUAUUUUAGCGCAGUUUUGUCUUCCCGGUCUCUGUUCCCUCCCUCACUCUAGCUUGUUUUUUUUAUCAACCCCUUUACCCCAUUCCAAGACCUGGACCGUUUGUUGAACCACCUCGCAACGUCGCCGCCACACGGUCACUGGCUAUUGGAUUAUUAUUUUUAAGCGAAAGACUUAACCGCAGGUCAGAAGGACAAUAGAGAUGGACACUAACACCACCGUCAGAACUAGUGGGAGAGAAAUUUUUAAAUGUUUUUUCAACCGGCCAGUCUGGCCGCUAAGCUUCGUCUCCCAAAUUCUCCCCCAUCACUGCUUUACCCCGUGUCAUAUUCACUUCACUGGAGAUUAGAGGGAUUCUACACAUGCUUUGUAGAGGGAAUACCAGGGGUGUGUUCAGCAGGGAGAAUCAUUUUUGAAAGGAGAGGUUCUACCGGCGCUUGUCCAAUGCACAGUCCUGUUGCAAAAAGUCAUUCUUACAGUGUGCCCUACUGAACAUGACCUUGAUGCAUAAAGACCAAGGCUGAUUCCAUUUCAACUAGUGAUCGAAAUGGGCCCGGACCUGAAGAUCUCUCCUCAUUCUCUCAUUUUCUAUAGCUAGUUCAGGAGGAAAACGUUGUGGAUUGUUGCAGAUAGAAAUGUCAUGAAUGGAGUUGACAGGAUUCUAUACCAGAGAGGCAUGUUUGUUCUAAAGGUAUUUCUACCUGAACUUUCCACAACGUUGUGCACUGCUGAACAUGCCCAUUUUCUCACAUUGUUUACACUGGUUACGUUUAAGUCUCCCUCUAUGAUCCAUCCAUUCUGUCAUCGUUUACCAGGGAGGAAUGUUCAGAGCCAAUCACAUCAUAGGGGUGUGGCUUCACACUGGCGUGUUCAUGCAAAGACUCUUGGUAAAUGGAGUCUUUUUUUACGAAAUGCAGGCCCUGAUGCUGGAGUUUACAUUGCGAAUGUGAUUCAUUAGGGUUUUUGUUGUUUUUUGUAGUCCGUUUACGUUCUACCUGUCUGCUUCAUGUUAAAACAAACUCCCUCUAUUUUACAUAAUAAUUACAUAGAUUAACACAGGGGUUCAUUAAUUCCUGAUUAAAAUAUUCAGCAUUUUUUUUUUGUAUGUGGACAGCUCUUCAAAGCAUAUCUUUUAACCAUUCUGUUUUGUUUGGCAACAAAAUAAUCUUAGAUACUUACGUAUUACAUACAUCACUACAUGCAUAAAUAACCCCGCCAUCUUGCCAAGUCAUUGUUUUGACAAAAAAGGUGAGGAAAACAGUGGUAUCGAGUCAAGAUUCAAGGUUGUCGACUUUCCUCACACAAAACUGUGUGUAAACUAACUUAUUGCAAACGUGGGGUUUGAAAAAAUGUACUUGCAACGUUCAAUCAAAAUGUGAAAAAUAUAUGGGGUUGUUUAAAAGCCCAGUGCUGCUUUUUACGAGAAUGAAUUUGUAUUCUUUUUUCCCCUUUUUUGUUCUGUAUGUUGCAUUGUACAGGCUGUUACAUAACAUCAUCUUCUUGAUUUGUAAAAAAUAAAUAAAAAAUGAAUAAACCAAUAGACAGUGCA